AUGACAUUACCAAACAGCACAAUCAAUCGAAAGUCGUUUCGUCACCGUAAAGUUGACAACAAAAAACCACUACGAAUCUAUACACCAGGCGAAAUCAACGAAGAGGACUGUAUACCAGUUAGUAGAACAGGCAUAGAAAUAGAGACAGGGGUAGAGAAGGAGGAGGAAGAGGAAUGGCAUUUAGUAAAUGCAUUAAAACUUCGAACAGAAUAUAUGGAAAAAGGAUCUACAGCUUCAGGAAAAGCCACGAUUCCUGUACCAACGUCGAGUCGACGUAUUUCAUAUUAUGCUGAUGCAUAUCAAACACACAAGUGGAAAAAACCUUCAACAUAUGUUAAAUUUUCUUUACCCGUUGAAGAGUGUAUAGGAUGCUUGUAUUGUAUGGAUGAAAAAGAUGAUAUGUGGUUAGUAGAGCAUAAAGAAAAAACACAUUCAACUCUAACCGAAGAUCAGUUUGAGGAAAUAAUGCAACACUUUGAAAACGCAAAAAAACUACUUCCAUCUUGGCUAGAUUGUGAAGCAUGUCUACCAGAGUCACUACAGGACUUGAAAGGUGAAGCUGAAAUGAUACAUACCUAUUGGAAAACUAAACGUAAGGAACGUAUGUCACGUUUCCGCAAAGUUGGUCCUUUAAUGUUUGAAAUAAAGACCCAAGAGGGUAAGGACGAAGAAGAUCAUCCAUGGACUUGUUUCCGUCGUCGUGAACUUAAACCAAUAAGGAGAACGCGUCGCACAGAGACAGCUUCAUUUGAUAAAUUAAGGAAAAUAAGGAAAGAUAUACAUUCCGGUCGUCAUAUAAUGGUCAACGUGAAGAUCCGAGAGAAAACCAAGAAGCAGAAGAUUGAAUUGGAUCGUAAGAUCUUCGAAAAGGAAUGUACUGUUAGAGAGUUGCGUAAGAAGUUGGGUAUCAGGAAUGAAACCAGCCAUGAGCCACCAAAGAGGAACCGGAAAUCAUCAUCUACGAUGGACUUGAUGGGCGCAACGAAAACAAAAUCUGGUAUCAAACUAUCGAAGAAGGAUGAUGAAUAUCCAAUGGCAGACAUAACAGAUUACCCAUAUCUUAUUCAACGAAAACCAGCGGCUGCAUCCUUUUUCCGAAAAUUUGAUUCUCUCAAGCCAACAGAUCGAACUUCAAUAUCUUGCACAGCUUUCAGAAGUCGGUUUGGUAGAGGAGGUCGUAGGCGCAGGAUUAUCGAUCGUCUUGACGUCUUUUCCUAUAAACGCAUUCGUGAGACCAACGAUAGGUUCAAAUAUGAUUCAGAUGGAGCCGAAGAUGUCUUCAGUGAAGAUGAGAUGAACCUAGAUGAUGAGGAGGAUAAUAAUAAAGUCGAAGAUCUGACAGAGAAGUAUAGCCUGGAUGCUUUAACAGUAAACAAUAAUUCCACCCAAAGUUCUCAACAAGCAAAUGCAGAAUCUAAGCAAAUUUUAGAACAGCGAACGAUACUUGACCCUCGUUAUGCGAGCUCGAUAUCUCGUACUGCGGAUUCUCGCGUAAACGUGAACAACCAAGAUUCUCGUCAAAAACCAGAUUCAGUCAAUAUGGUUCAAAGGGCAGAUUCACGUGCAAAUAUUAAUAAUCCCUCAAACAUUGAUUCACAUUAUGUAGACCCACGUACUUUCAAUGGUGUGAAAUGUAAUCAAGGUGUCAAUGCCGAGUCAAGUACAAGCCGCCUGAAUUCUAAUCCUCCAACGCCACGGCUAAGUAACGAUCCUCGCGCAACCCGCGACUCAAGAUUAGUCAACAAUUCUAUCGCUAAUUCACGUGCUCAUAACGGUCUUAUUAUAAGACCUACGGUGGCUACGAUGAAUCAUCGUGACAAUGUUACUCCGUAUAUGCGUCCGAUGCCAAGAAUGAUUUCUGAUGAUUCUAAUAAUACUAAUAAUGUUGUGGCCAAUAAUAGAGGAUUAAUUAAUAGCUCACUUGUUAAAAAUCAUGCGACUGCUCAACUUACACCAGUAGCACAAAUAAAUUCCCCUGCGUCAUCAAAUAAUAAUAACAUAAAUGGCCAAGGAAAUGGUGAUGGACUUAGACAUACGUCAUCUAACCAAGGAAAUGUGAAUGGUACGACAUCAAUGAUCGAUCCUUCAAAGGGUUUGACGACAACUUCGGGGCAAGCCAUUGACCCUUCAAAGAUUUCGAUGAGUAUAGAUCAAACCAAGAUCUUAUUUAAUGAGUCGAAUCAAAUUGUGAAUGUAACAACAGGUGAAUCAGCAAAACUUGUGAACUCAGUAGAAGCACAAAAGAUCAAUAAUGUUAAUUUGAUUAAACCAACUCAAAGGAUGGGUAUUGGGAAUGGAUUAAAUGGAGUACAACAGACAAUAAAUACCUCGAUUCAUUCCACUAGCGCCGCGGCUCAACAGUUUAUGUUUACGUCACAAGACUUCA